GCCGUCGAGAGAGGGAGUCUUUGCUGCACCUGCGUCCCGUUUUCUAUGCGCUCGUGAAAUUCUCGUUUUCUAAAUAUCUGUUUGUGGUCUUUGCUUUAAUUCUUGUGUUUCUUUGUACAUAAUUUCUCUCAAAUUGUGAAAAUUCUGUGGAUUCUGUGUUUCUCUUUUUGGAAAAAAGGAAAGAGAGAAAAUGUGAAUGAAAAAGCGAAUAUAUCAUCUAGUGUUGUGUCGUGCAAUAAUUUAUUUUGCGAAUGUGAUGCGAAGAGAAAGAGGGGGAUAAAGGGAGGAAUGAUGCAACUUGCAAAUACCAAAGAGAAAGAGGAAAAAAAAGAGAAAAAAAUAAAGAUACAAGUACAGUUAGACUAAAAGGAACUUGCUUGAAGGUCGGCAAUCGACUUUGCCCAAGACAGAAUGAUAAAAAAAAGAAAUAAGAUAAAGAGGAGUCGAGAACAAGUGCAAGAGAGAAAAAGGAAAUAGUAAAAAUAUUGAUAAAUAGAACCCAAUGGAGUGAUGCCAAAACCCGCAAAUAUUGUGUCCUCGUGUGCGAAUCGAAAAAGUCAAAAUAUUUCUUUCAGUAGUUACAACCAUUCAUUAUUUUUACCAUUAUCGAUAAGCACGGUGUAUUUAAAGAGUUCUAAAUGCAGAAUUAAUAGGGAAUAACACGCUGUCUUGCACGAGAAUAACAAAUAACUAAUUCACAGAAACAGCCAGGAGAAAGUCUUUUAAAUACGGCAAGUUCCAUCAGUAAAAAAAAAAUCAACAUUGUGGUUGAAAGUAAUAUAUAUAUAUGUAUAUAUAUAUUGUUCUGAAAUUCUUGUUUAAAGCUUUUAAGUCCGUUCUGAUUUUUUAAUUUGAGUUUUAUCCUAGAUGUAGUGUGUCCAAAAUUCGCUGAAAAAUUUAAAGAAAGAGAGGAAAGGAAAAAGGGAGAAAAUUAGUGAGGUGUGAUAUUGAGAAUAAUUUCGUGUGAUAGGAAUAUGAUAAUGAGAUAAAAGCGAUGUGAAUGAAAAGACAACAAAACUUGAGAUAAAAGACCAGGAAGGAAAUCGUAAGAAAAGAGUGAGAUAGUGAAAUUUACAAGGAGUCCAGUGUUGAAUGAAGGUAGCGCCGCCAUCUUGAAUUCUCCAUCGCCCAUAAAACAAAAAAACAAAAACAAAAAAGCAAAGCAAAGCAAAGCAAAGCAAAAAAUAGAGAGAGGAUCCUGAUGACGUGACUGGACGCUCGAGCAGCCAUGAACUGUCACAUAUCGCCUCCUUCGGGCAGCGACCUCAGGUCCAAUAUCGAGGGAUUACUUAAGAAAUUCAGGGUCACAAAAGAAAACGAGAAGGAGAGUGAGAUAUUCACCCUGGCCAACCUGGACAACGGAUGCAUCAGGAAAUUUAUCGUCAAGAAGGUGGAUGAGUCGGCAUUCCUCGCCUCCAUCAACCAGCGCCAGAAGGACGACAGCAAGUCGCUGACGGACGAGAACGAGAACACAGCCGUCGUGGACAGCAACGACGAGGACGACGACGACCUCACCGACGCCCACGACGGCCUCGCCCUCGUCGGCAAGAACAAGAGCAAGAACAAGCGGCGGAAGGAGCGGGAGGCCGAGCACAAGGACCCCGGACACCCUUCCGACGCGGGAGGAGGCGGCGAGGACGACCUCGACACGCGCCUCCAGAACCAGCAGAACCUGGAGAGGAACCACAAGAACAACAAGGAUGAGGAGAGGAACCACAGCGACGCCAAGAAAGCUCUGGAGAACCACAGCGGGCUCGUGGCCAACGGCAAAGUGAAGACCGGGAAGUUCCGCCUGGGCUGCGACGACUCGGACGACGACAAGGACGACAUUAUGCCCGGCGAGGACAAGAUCGAUGACGACAACGACGACCCCGGCGUGGUGAACCCGACCUUCUUCAACGACGACGAGGACGACGAGGGCGGCAGAGGAGACGCCACCUCGAGCGUCUCCACCAGGUCGUCGCCGGAGCCCAGUCCCCUGCACUCGCCGCGGCUCAGCUUCAGGAUGAGCCCGCAGCCGUCCCCGCGGCACUCGCCCGUGAGCCACCGCUCGGGCAACCUGAGCCAGCGCAGCUCGGUGUCCUCGGUGCGCAAGGGCAUCCUCAAGAAGAGCCCGUCCUCCACCACCAUCAACAUGGAGAUGGUCAACCUCGGCCUCCAGCAGAACGCGGCGGCCAACGCGGCGGCGGCGGCGACGGCGACGGGGGCCAACGCGGCCGCGGCGCUCAACGGGUACCACCGCACGCGCUUCUCUGACCCCUACGACGACUCCUACGUGCCCAUGGACACGCACCGCUUCGUCAGCUCUCCCGACGGGCCGAUCGGGAUGACCCAAAAAUCCCUCGGAGGUCAUCGAGUCAAGUUCAUCCUGGAGACCGGAAAACCUGAUCACGUGACCGGAUCUUACGACGACAUCCGGAUAGAGAAGAUGGAGAGAGAGAGACUGGAGAGGAUAGAGAGAGGGAAGAACCUGGAGGUGACCCACAACGAAGGAGACAAGGGCGGGAGAAAAUGCCUUCUGUUCUGCGCCGCCAUCUUGGUCCUCACCGGCUCCGUCAUCGCCGCUGGAAUGUACAGUUCCCGACCAGGCUCGAACGGACAGGAGAAGGAAAAAGGACCAGCAAAAGCCAAUUAUCAGAUAACCGAAAAACAAUUUCCGUAUGCCAUAGAAUCCCAUUUUAAAAUCACCAACAGGAAUUAUACGGCAGAAUUAAUGAAAGCAGACUCAAAGGAAUAUCAGACAUUCACGGAGACACUCGAACAAGAGCUUAAAUCUCUUCUGUUAACGGAUGACAUCAGUUUCAACGGGCAGGCGAAUAUGAUGUUGAAAGUCAUAAAAUUAGAAUCCGGGAGCGUGGUGGUGACCUUCAGAAUAGCCUGGAAAUUUAUCAAUGAAAAGGAAAUAUCUCACGCGGACCCGCCGGUGAACAUUUCAUUCGUCCAGACCAAGUUGGAAAGACAGUUCGAGACCGGAUUCUUGGAUAAGAACAAGACUUUAAGUGUCCCUAAGGGACCCGUUCAUGUGAAUAACAUCAAUGAUGACUGCCAUAACAACGUGACCGUGUGUUCGCACACGUGCAGUUUCUCGUACGAGACUUUGCUGUUCACGUGUUCGUGUCCGAAUAAUUUUAAGGUCUACAACUUCACCCGCUGCGUACCUAUUCACCCACUGUCUCCGUCUACAUCCAGUAUGACUUCUACAUCAACAACAUCAACAACAUCAACAACAACAACAUCAUCAACAUCAACAUCAACAACAACAUCAUCAACAACAACAACAACAACAACAGCAAAGACAACUACAUUGUUUGUUUCAGAGACUACACCUACAGAAGAGACUGAUUUCACUGAAGGCACAGAUUUCACUGAAGGCACAGAUUUCACUGAAGGAACAGAUUUUACUGAAAUUACAGAUUUCACUGAAGGAACAGAUUUUACUGAAAUUACAGAUUUCACUGAAGGAACAGAUUUUACUGAAAUUACAGAUUUCACUGAAGGAACAGAUUUUACUGAAAUUACAGAUUUCACUGAAGGAACAGAUUUUACUGAAAACACUGAUAUCACUGAAGGCACUGAUUUUACUGAAAGUACAGAUUUCACUGAAGAAACAGAUUUUACUGAAAUUACAGAUUUCACUGAAGAAACAGAUUUUACUGAAGGAACAGAUUUUACUGAAAUUACGGAUUUCACUGAAGGAACAGAUUUUACUGAAAGUACAGAUUUCACUGAAGGAACAGAUUUUACUGAAAUCACAGAUUUCACUGAAACCACAGAUUUUACUGAAAGUACAGAUUUUACUGAAAUUAUAAAUUUCACUGAAGGCACAGCUUUCACUGAAGCAACAGAUUUUACUGAAGGAACAGAUUUUACUGAAAUUACAGAUUUUACUGAAAUCACAGAUUUCACUGAAGGCACAGCUUUCACUGAAGCAACAGACUUCACUGAAGGUACAGAUUUUACUGUAGGAACAGGUUUUACUGAGACAACUUAUCUACCGACAGAUUUCACAGAAGAAACAGAUCUCACUGAAGCUACAAUAUCUUUCACUGAAAUAACAGAAACAACAGGUUUCACUGAAGGCACAAAUUUUAGUGAAGGAACAGAGUUCACAGAAACCACAGACUUCACUGGUUUCACUGAAGUAACUGAUAUUACCGGGGGAACAGAUUUCACUGAAGAAACCGAGUUUACUGACUUUACUGAAGGAACUACUGAUUUUACUGAAAGAACUACUGAUUUUACUGAAGGAACUACUGAUUUUACUGAAGGAACUACUGAUUUUACUGAAGGAACUACUGAUUUUACUGAAGGAACUACUGAUUUUACUGAAAGAACUACUGAUUUUACUGAAGGAACUACUGAUUUUACUGAAGGAACUACUGAUUUUACUGAAGGAACUACUGAUUUUACUGAAGAUUUCACGGAGGAACCCGAUUUCACUGAGGAAACAGAAGUCAGUGCAGAUUUCAGUGAAAAAAACAAUUUCACUGGGGGGACGGGGGACACUGUAGGAACAUAUCUUGCUGAAGGUUCAAAUUUUAAUGAAAGAAGAAAUUCUAAUGAGAGAAUAUAUUUCAGUGACGGAACAAAUUUCACUGAAGGAACAGAUUUCAGUGAGAAAACAAAUUUUACUGAGGGAACAGCUUUCACUGAAGCAACAGAUUUCACCGAGAUAACAGAUUCCAUUGAUGGAAUAGAGGCUGCUGCUGGUACUGAUUUUACUGAAGAAACCAAUUUCAGUGGAAAUGCAGAUUUUAAAGAAAGGACCGAUUCUGUCGAGGGAACGUAUUUCAGUGAAGGGUCAAGUUUCACUGAAGGAGAAUAUCCAACUACAAGGUCAUAUUUCACAGCAGGAACAGAUUUCAGUGAACGAACAGAUUUGAAUAAGGGAAUAGUUGUCACUGCAGGAAUAUAUUUCACUGAAAGAGCAGAUUUAACUAAAGUGACAGAUUUCACUGAAAGAGCAGAUUUAACUGAAGUGACAGAUUUCACUGAAAGAGCAGAUUUAACUGAAGUGACAGAUUUCACUGAAAGAGCAGAUUUAACUGAAGUGACAGAUUUCACUGAAAGAGCAGAUUUUAACGAAGGAUCAAGUUUCAGUGAAAGAACAAAUUUAAACAAAGGAACGGAUUCCUCCUGGAUAAGUCAAUACAUAGAUAAUACCGAAAACGCGACAAAGACAUCAACACUUUAUCCUGAUAGUAUAGAUAACACUCAAACUUCAACCAGACCAGCCACAAAUAAUCAAAACACAGAAAUUACACUGAACAAGAACACAGAUUACUCGAAAAAAAUCCCGCUGUUCCCGCCGAACCUCAAAGAAGUCCUCAACUCCAACAGCGUCAGCCUCAUAUCCAUUAUCCCGGAGUACGUGGUCGACACGAAGACGGAAAACGAGGUACCAGUCACCCUCGACCUAGGAGCCAAUCAGACAAGCACAGGGCUGGAGGGUGGAGACGGGGCGACCAAGCAGACGAAGGUUGACGGCGGGUCUGAGGACGCGGCGACCAAUCAGACAAAGACUGAUGUGGGAGUCACGGAGGUUUCGACCACUCAGACGAGCUCAGAAGGUCCGCUUGUAGAUCAACCAACCAAUCAGACGACGACGGCGACGGCUGAUACAGAAAGCAGCAAAGAGGGGACUCUAGCGGUCGAAGGCAGCGGACCCACAACCACGACCGCUGCGCCCACAGCCACCGUGGCCUCCACAGCAGCCUCAGAACAGGAAGGUGGCCAAGCUGGAGCGGGUGAGGCCAGCAGCGAGGGCAGCGCAGCCACGAGUGAGGAGGAGGCCAAGUCGGCCUCUGAGGCGGCCGACACUUCUGACUCUGAAGAUGAGGUCCACAGCCAAGAACCUGUCGCCACUACGCCAGUUCCCGACGAAGGGGCAGACACGGUAGAAUCCCAGCCUUCUGAGGGAGACGCUUCUGCAAGCAGCGACGUGGCCGUGGAAGAGACGGAGCCGCAUACGGUCACCCCGCAGAAGUACCCGGACAGCGACAACACCAGCAUCCAUAUUUCGCCGGGCACGCGGGCCGAGGACAUUUCGCAUAUGAUGCCACUGGUGCCCAACAUGUCUUCUGUGCGAGAAGGAGACUCUCCCGGGGAUAAUCGGGUGCAAGAGCGACAGCCGAAAGGCGUGGCACCCUCUGAGCCUGCGGCGACCUCCACAGCUGCUGCGGCUGAAGGAAUCACAAUGGGAAGCCCCGAGGGGGAGGCCAGCGCAGACGGAGACUCUCCGGCCGGCGCCCAGGAGACCGAGGCGUCCGAGAAGCCGGUGGUGGUCGCGAUGGCGAACGAGACCGACGUCGACGCCGCCCAGGACGCGGCGGCCGAGAGCGACUCCAGCAAGAAGGCCCAGGCCACGCCGUACGAGGAAGUCCCCCCGCCUGAGUGGACGACCCCCUCGCCUCCGCCAGCCGCCACCACAGAGGCCGUCAAGCCUACGGAGGUCCAGGUCAACCGCACCUCCGAGACGGUCACCAUCAACGCGGAGGUCAACGUCCAGGAGAGGAACGGCACCCACGGCGCCGAGGCCGCCGCAGGCAAGGCGCCAGACGACAUUCCCGUCGACCUCGGCACCCUCGCCCACGAGGACGCCGCCCUAGACGCGGACGCCUCCCUCCGCAACGGCGCGCCGCACCCGACCUCCACGUCCUCCACCGAGGCCACGGCGGCCCCCCCCCAGACGGAGUCACAGGCGCCCGCAGCAGACACCGUCAUGGCGGCCGCGCAUCCGCCGAUCUGCGGCGAAGACGAAUUCCAGUGCGUCUCGGGUUCGAGUCCGAGUGGCGUGUGUAUUCCGAAACUGUCUCGCUGCAACUCGGUCCGAGACUGUUCGGACGGUUCGGACGAGGAAGGGUGCUUCGAAAACCAGUGCUUCGGAAACUUCAUGUGCGCCGACCGUGAGUGUCUAGAACGACGGCUCGUGUGCGACGGCGUCAACGACUGCCGAGACGAUACUGAUGAAGCUAAUUGCGACUCGUGGGCGUGCCGGGAGGACGAGUUCCGUUGCGGCGGCGGCAGGAGCAGGUCUGGCUCUUCGCCGACGCCCUGCAUCCCCGAGAGCCUGCGCUGCGACGGCCAGCCCGACUGCAGCGACCACUCCGACGAACUCAACUGCACGGAGAACUGCACCAGCGACUUCUUCAGGUGCCCCGAGGGAUGGUGCCUGCCCCUGGCGCGCACCUGCGACGGCCGCCCCGACUGCUACGCCGGCGAGGACGAGCAGAAUUGUGGUUGCGCCGCGCUGGAUGAGACUCCGUGCCACGUGGGCGGCUGCGUGCCCACCUUCUCCCUGUGCGACGGCCUGAGACAGUGCCAGGACGGCUCCGACGAGUGGCACUGCCUCCGGAUCGACAAUGUCACCAAGCAGCUCGAAGUCAGGAACGGGAAGAGCCAGUGGUCGGCCGUCUGCAGCGAGGGCUGGACGACGCAGUGGAGCGACCUCGUCUGCGCCCAACUCGGCUCCAACGUCUCCGUCAACACGAACCUCCUGAGGGUGGUAGAGCCCCAGGGACGCCCGCGGGUACGCCUGGUGCCCAACGCUUCCCCCCUCUCCAAGCCCCUGCAGUUCGUGCUCAACAUGGAGUGCCGUUCGUCCGACAAGCUGGUGCAUCUGGAGUGCGAGCAUCAUGCCUGCGGUUCGUGGGGCGAGCGCAAGGGGCGCGAAGGGCGCGAGGGCGGCGAGGAGGCGCAGUGGCCCUCCCUGGCCCUCCUGCAGCGUCGGGGCGCAGGCAACGGCACCCUCCCCGGCGCCCACGCCUGCACCGCCUCCAUCGUCGCGCCCACGUGGGUGCUGGCCGCCUACUCCUGCCUGUCCGGGAAACCCCAAGGCCUAGACGCCGCCACCUGGGAACUGGUCACGGGUCAGAGCACCCAGAACGACCGACAGCAUCGCCAAAUCGUCAAACUGGUUCACUUCCCCGGAACCGUGCGCACCGGAGGCCUGUGGACCGGAGAUGCGGUUCUACUGAAGCUCGACGCCCCGCUGGUCUUGGACAGGGCGGCGCAGCAAGUGUGCGUGCCCCACCAGAAGCCCGAGACGAACCACACCUGCGUCGUGGCGGGCUGGACCAGGAACGAAGCGGGCCGGAGCCAGUUCCUGCAUCAUCUCCCCGUUCCAACAUUAGCUCUCGACGCCUGCAACAGCACGCAUUAUCCGGGCCGACUGAACAACGCCCAUACUUGUGUUGGGUUCAGCGACGCCCAGUACACGCCCUGUCACGGCGACGAGGGCAGCCCCCUGAUGUGCUUCGUGGGCGGCGUGUGGCGUCUGGAGGGCCUGUUCUCGCACCACGCCCGCUGCGACCCCGCCCGCCACCCCGCCGUCUUCACGGCCCUGCACGCCCUCCAGCCGUGGCUCAGCAACACCAUCGGGAUCCCCCCCGAGCGGCAGGCGGAGGCCCCCCCCGCCACCACUCCUGCGUCCACCACCACCACCACCACCACCACCACCACCGUGAGGACGCCCACGCAGAGUCCUGCCAACGUUGUCGCGGCGGCUAACCCGUCCUCGUCUUCCUCUUCCUCCUCUUCCUCCUCCUCUUCCCCUUCCUCCUCCUCCUCCUCCUCCACCACGAACGCGACGAACGUGGACGAGAUCUUCCUGUCGUCCCCGGGCAACGCUCCGGUGGAGAUAACCUAGCGCCACGAGCGGGUGAAGAGGCGUGCCAUAUGUGCUAUACAUAAACGUGCUAUAUAAAAAGUAUGUUUAAGAUCAUACGAGUUAUACGAAGGAGAGGACGUGGAGAGGGAGAGGCUUGGCAUCCUAAUGUCGUUACUGUGAUCACAAACUUGUUAUUUCUGUAGAUUAGGCGGAAAAGAAUCAUUGGGGAUUUGAUAAAAGGACGAAAAGAGGAACGGAAACUGCCUCAGUGCCUUAGAUAAAAGAAACUUAUUACUACUAAAAAUUAAUAUAAAAUAGAAACUGAGAAUUACUGUUUUGGACAGUUGUAUUUUAUUAUUAUUAUUAUUAUUACUAUUAUUAUUCAGUUGAAUAUUGUCUGUCCAAAGGUGCCUUUCAGUCCUGUCAAAAAGGGUGCUUGACAGCGACUAAACGGACGCAGAAUUUUACUGAGCAUUUAUGAGUGCUAUUCAACUUUUGCCAGAGACGAGGAAGUGAAGGGAACAAGGUUGACUUACGUUUUCUCGGAUGGAGUCGAAACAAUGACGUUUUCUGUGAUGACGGUAUGGUUAAGAAAGAUAAAAAGGUUUAUGCUUUCUGUGAAGGAAUGAAAAAAAUAUAAUAACUUGCUGCCGUGAAGAACAGUGACCAAUAUAGUGAAUGAUCAGACUAUGAAUGAACUCUGUAGUGAAGUGUAGACAACAGAAAACAUAGAAAGACACGAGAAGAAGACAAAAAAACGUUUUCUAUAAAUGCAUUACAGAAAGUGGGCUUCAUCGGAAGACGUUCUUACGGUAUGAUAAGUCAAGAAAGAUGUUUGCCAGUGCGAAUACGUCUGUUACAAAACAAGAAAAUAACAUAAGGACCACGUAACCAGACUAUAUUCAGCACAAGACAGUGGUGAUGGUGGUUAUAUGAUUCCUUGUAAAUAAAGCGACGGGCAGAAGGUGCUUCCUUCUAGGAUGUCUUGGUGGCAAGUUGUCUUGGUGAAUUUAUAUGCAGUAUAUUCCAAUCAUAAUUACAGUGUUGCUUUUUGUACUUUUUUUCUCUCUAACGUAAUACAAGGAAGUAUGGUUAACCUCAGUAAUAUAUGAGUUUACAUAUAUAUAUAUAUAUAUAUAUAUAUAUAUAUAUAUAUAUAUAUAUAUAUAUAUAUAUAUUAUAUAUAUAUAUUAUAUGUAUAAUAUAUAUUUGUGUGUGUGUGCCUGAGUGUGUGUGUGUAUGUGUAUGUAUACGAGGUGAACUCCAGCAUGCCUAAAAUUGCAGGUGUUGCAUUUAUCAUAUACGAGUUGAAUAUUACGAAUUGUGGGACGGUUGUAGGCGAGGACUGAAAGCUUUAUCCUAACGGGUAAGUCGAGGCUGUUCGUGUACUACUAUGUAGGAAGUGAAAGCAAGAAACCGACCUGUGUGAUCUUCCCUCAGACAGGUCAGCAGCAGGUCAUAAUAGGCUUAUGUAGUGAGAUCAGUGGUGAUGAUAGUUAAGGCUAUUAUUAUAAAACGAGAGAGGAGGUUACAUGAUGAAAGUUGUUUUCAUCAACACUGAUAAAAGAGAGAGAGAGAGAGAGAAAGAGAGAAAGAGAGAGAGAGAGGGAGGAAAGAUAUCAAUAUAGGCCUGAAUUCUUAGCUGGAGGAAAAGGAGACAGGUGCCUUGUAAGACAGCAAGACAGAAAUUAUCCUUCAAUCUCUGUCUUAUCAUUACCCACGUGCUCAGUGUUGUACAUAGUCGUGUAUAGAAACCAAGAUUAAUUAGUCUCCCCCUCCCAGCCCCUACCCCCACUCUCCUUUUUUUAAAUAACUUGAACCGUUAUUAAUAAAUAUAUGAUCUAUUUUAUGCAUUAAAGACUUGAGUGUAAUUUACACUUAUUUAAUUAUGUGUAUUUUUUUUCUUUUGUUUAUUUGACUUCUCCAGUUUGUGUGAUACAAAAAAGAAAAAAAAAAAUGCAAGAAAAUGAUAUAAAUAUCUUGCGUGCGAAGAGGAGCUCAACUACCAAACACAAGACAUAGGAGUUUGGACCUUAGAGAGUAGCCGCGUAAGACCUAUAAUCCCAGAUCCUGUCCUCCGUCAGUAUUUUCGUCAGUGUCUCAUCCAACUUUACUUUAGCGUUUUGUCCUUUGUAUUAUAUUGCACUGAUUGUUAACUGUCUUAUUGUUUUCUAUAAUUUAUUGAAAUCAUCUGCGUAAGAUCUGAUUGGCAACUUUCUUUCUUUUCCUCUUUUGUUUUUUAUUUCUUUCCAUUAUUCAUCAUCAUCAUUUUAGCAUUGAUUAACUAUGAAUCUGUUAUUAUUUCGAAUUAUAUAUGUACAUAUACAUAUAUAUAUGUAUAUAUCUAUAUGUAUAUAUAUAUAAAUCCUAGACUAACCACUAUGAUAAUUAAAACGGAAAAAAAAAGUUUGAAAGGAGGCAUUUUCAAUGAGAUUUUUUAUUUUAUAAAUCUUUUAAUGUAUUGAUAAAUCCUCCUUAAUAAAAUUAAAAGUGACAUUACACACCCUCUCUUCCUGCUCUAAAUCUGAACAUUGUUAAUGAUUGAUAUCUUGAUGUUUUCUAUUCUCUACGUGAAUUAAUCCAUUUUGAAGAAUCACUUGUCUUUCUCCACAUUUUUGAAAUCCUUCGUUUUGUUUCCUUUGAUUUUGCAACAAGUCUUCCAAGUUAUUUGAUAUGUUUUCCGCUGUUUUAUUAUAUAUAUAUAUAUGUAUAUUCUUGCAUUUCUUCUAAUAUCCUUUACUCUUUCUCUGUCACAAAGGGUUGUAUUAUAUUCCCUCAAAUGUAUUUUAUUACUAUUAUUAUUAUUAAUAUUAUUAUUAUUAUUAUUAUUAUUAUUAUUAUUAUUAUUAUUAUUGGUUAUACAUUUUUUUUUCGCAACGGUUGUAUAAAUUAUUUUUCAUUUCUUUCUCUAACACCUUUUCUUCACAAUGGUUGUAUAUUCUUUCUUGUCUAUCCUUUCCACCCAAUCCGUUCCUCUGUCUAUCCAUCUUCCAUCGCUGUUAUCCAAUUCCCUCCGUUUAUCCAAUUUCUAUCCAGUCACCUUUUUCUUUCUUACUCCUUUUUUUUAAAUCCAGUCUUCUGUAUUUAUUCAUUAUCCAUUUCCUCUUUAUUUAUCUAUUCUUUAUCCAUCUCAUUUCUCUUGCCUAUUUAUCCAAUUCUUAUCCAGUCCUACUUCUUAUGCAUCAAAUCUUUGUGCCUCCGUGUGUCUAUUCCCUACCGAAUCUCUAUCCAAUCUUUAUCCAAUCCUCUCCUAUAAGUAAUCAAGCUCUACACAAUCCUCUUCCUGAAGCAUCCAAUCUCUUAAUUAAAUAUCCAAUCAUUUCCUAAUCCCCCUUAUGUAUCUAAUCUCUACUCAGCCCUCUCCUCUAAGAACCCAAUCCUGUCUCUUUCGAAUUCUCUUCUCUAUGUAUCUCAUCCUGUCUCUUUCCAAUCCGUUUCUCUAUGUGUCCAAUCCCGCCUCUUUUUUCCAAUCAUCUUCUCUAUGUAUUCAAUCCUGUCUCUUUCGAAUCUUCUUGUCUAUGUAUCCAAUCCAGUCUCUUCCCAAUCUUCUUGUCUAUGUAUCCAAUCCAGUCUCUUCCCAAUCUUCUUGUCUAUGUAUCCAAUCCAGUCUCUUCCCAAUCUUCUUGUCUAUGUAUCCAAUCCAGUCUCUUCCCAAUCUUCUUGUCUAUGUAUCCAAUCCAGUCUCUUCCCAAUCUUCUUGUCUAUGUAUCCAAUCCAGUCUCUUCCCAAUCUUCUUGUCUAUGUAUCCAAUCCAGUCUCUUCCCAAUCUCCUUGUCUAUGUAUCCAAUCCUGUCUCUUUCCAAUCAUCUCCUCUAAGAACCCAAUUGUCUCUUUCCAAUCCACUUGUCUAUGUAUCCAAUCCAGUAUGUUUCUAAUCCCCUUCGCUAUGUCUCUUUCCAAUCCUCUUCUCUACGUAUCCAAUCUUUUUUUUUUUUCCAAAUCCUCUAUAUUCCCGGUGCGAGCGUCUGGAGAGCAGAAGGUGCCAUGUAACUAGAGUCAAUUUUAAUAAAACAAAAUGUCCGUA